AUGAGACGAGACGAGAGGACCAACAUAACCACAGCCCCCGAGCUAAGACAUGAGACGAGAGGGCCAACACAACCACAGCCCCCCAGGAGUGACUACCACGGGCCCCUGAGACAUGGUGCCGCAUCGCAUCGCGCCGCAUCGGGUCCUCAGAUGGGCUGCCCCCUCGUCGUGUUCACUUUCGCAUCAAAGACUGUGUUCUAUUGUGUUCUGUUAUGUUCAGUUCUGUUAUGUUCGGUUAGGUUAUGUUAGGUAGUAUUAUGUUCUUAUGUUAUGUUAUGUUAUGUUUGGUUAGGUUAUGUUAUGUUAGGUAGUGUUAUGUUAUGUUCUUAUUUAUGUUAUGUUAUGCUAUGCUAUGCUAUGUUAUGUUGUGUUAUGUUGUGUUAUGUUAUGUUAUGUUAUGUUAUGUUAUGUUAUGUUAUGUUAUGUUGUGUUGUGUUGUGUUGUGUUGUGUUGUGUUGUGUUGUGUUGUGUUGUGUUGUGUUGUGUUGUGUUGUGUUGUGCUGUGCUGUGCUGUGCUGUGCUGUGCUGUGCUGUGCUGUGCUGUGCUGUGUUGUGUUGUGUUGUGUUGUGUUGUGUUGUGUUGUGUUGUGUUGUGUUGUGUUGUGUUGUGUUGUGUUGUGUUAUGUUAUGUUAUGUUCUUCUACUCUCAUAUGUUCUCUUUUGUUCUCGUCUGUUUUACCCUGCACUGUAUUGGUGUGUGCUUUAUUCAGUACUUGGUGUGGUGUGGUGUGGGGCGGUGUGGUCCGACACACCAGGGGCCUCCCACCUGAGAACUGCCGCCGCAACGCACCACACCGCACCACACCGCCCCGGCUACCGUCAUAUCACCGCACCACACCGCACGCCAUCAUAUCACCGCAGCACAACACACUGCACCACACCGCCUCCCAUAAUAUCACCGCCUCGCACCGCACCUUUAUAUCGGUUUCAAAACCAUCAGGUCCUGCUUAG